GCUACCCCCACUGAUCUGCAAUGUCUUUAAAAUCGGCGAUCUCUGGAAGCACCCCCUCCAUUGCGACCCAACCUCUCAGCUCAGUCCGUCGGCAGGCAUGGACCGGAAACCUUCCCAAGCACCAGCGUCCACCGGGUGUCCUUCUUCCUUUCCAGCGUCGUAUCUCCACUGCUAAAUUUUUCUAA